AAGCAUUCAGCCGGAUGAAAAACCUUAGGUUUCUAAGAAUCUACGGAGUCUCACGGGAGGAUAAAGAAAUCAUAUUGCAGUUAGAGAGAGACGACGACCAUAUGUGGCACCAACUUAGAUUACUGGAAUGGUGGGGUUGCUCAAUCAAACGCAUGCCUUCUAACUUUCGUGCAGAAAAUCUUGUUGAAUUCAUAAUGCCGGAUAGCAACCUUAAGAAACUGUGGGACGACGAUGCGCUUCUUAAUAACCUCAAGAAGAUGGAUUUGCGGAGAUCUAAAAAGCUGAAAGAACUCCCAGAUCUUUCAACUGCCACCAAUCUCGAGGAACUGUAUCUUGAAGAUUGCUGGAGUCUGUGGAGUCUUCCUUCCUCUAUUCGUUAUCUCAAGAAGCUGAGAAAGCUAGACAUGAAAAGAUGCAAAAACCUGUGGGAUCUUCCAACCAACACUGACUUGGAGUCUGUCCAUUCCCUCAAUUUCAUUGGAUGCUCCAAGUUAAGAAGUUUCCCUCAGAUUGCAAGGAAUAUCUCUCAUCUCGUUCUAGAUGAAACCAAGAUUAGAAGAGUUCCUGACGGGAUAGAAGAUAUUUCUGGGCUUAGAUACAUAUCCGUGCUUGGUUUCAGCAACUUAAAAUAUAUAUCUCCCAAUAUUUCGAAACUGAAACAUCUUGAGGUGAUGUUCUUUUCAGUCUCUGAUUUCUUAGCACGAGUGCCUUGGAAUGAAGCUUUAUGUGCAGUGGCAACGACAACAACAGACAAUAACAAUCACACUCUACUAGAUGCGGAGGAUUCCGGAGCAGAGAUGUUUGAAAAACUGGCUGUUGAUAUUUCUUUGGCAUUAAGUACUACACCCAAAACGAUUCCCAUGAUUCUAGACGAGGAAACUGUGAAAACAUUAAAUCAGCACUACGAUGAUCUAAAUGAGAAUGAUAAAUUGUUGUUUCUUCAUAUUGCUUGUUUUCUCAAUAAUGAAACAUAUGAGAUUGUGACGCAAUUGCUGGAAGACAGUGAGUUGGAUGUUGGAGGUGGUCUGGAGAUUCUAUGUGAGAAGUAUCUUAUACAAAUAUCAGAAGAGAAAGUCAUAAGUAUGCAUCCCGUGCUGCAAAAAAUGGGCAGGUUGACAGUUCGUAGAACAUUCACUAGCCAGAGUGUAUAUCGUAAUUUCUUGAUGGAUAGUAGCGAGAGUUUCGACCUACUUAUUGAUCAAGCUGGUGUUAAUAAUGUGGUUGGGAUGUCGUUUGGAGUAUCAGAAAUGGAAGAGAGAUUAACAAGAGAUGAAAGAUUCAGGGGAAUGAAAAGGGUGAAGUUUUUGAGAAUGUACAAGGACAUUUUGCACGGUAAAGAAGUCAGAGUUCAUUUAGUAAAAGGCGUCCGCUCUAUGUGGAGAUGCCUUAAGAAUAUUUGAUGGACACUUUGCCAAGGAAGAAGGCAACGCCUGUUUUUACUGGAGCAUACAUUCAUACAUUGUAUGUGUCGGUGUCGUUUGUCGUUAUUCGACAAAGGGAAGAGUUUGAGGGCGUUGUGAACGGAGGAAGGGCAACGCUUAC